AAUUCAUCUUGAUGGGAGGUACUUUCAUGUCAUUGCCAUCAGAUUACCGUGAUUACUUUAUAAGGAAUCUUCAUGAUGCUUUAUCGGGACACACUUCUGUUAAUGUUGAGGAGGCUGUUUCCUACUCGGAGCACAGUGCUGUAAAGCGUAUUGGGAUGACUAUAGAAACGAGGCCCGAUUAUUGCCUUGGACCUCAUUUGAGGCAGAUGCUUUCUUAUGGUUGUACACGACUGGAGAUUGGAGUUCAAAGCACAUAUGAGGAUGUGGCUCGUGACACCAAUAGAGGCCACACAGUAGCAGCCGUGGCUGAUUGCUUUUGCUUGGCAAAGGAUGCUGGUUUCAAGGUUGUUGCUCAUAUGAUGCCUGAUCUUCCAAACAUUGGGGUUGAGAGGGACAUGGAAAGUUUUAAAGAAUUCUUUGAAAGCCCUUCAUUCAGAGCCGAUGGGCUUAAAAUCUAUCCUACGCUUGUUAUUCGUGGAACUGGGCUCUACGAACUUUGGAAAACAGGCAGGUAUAGAAACUACCCACCUGAGCAGCUUUUGGACAUUUUAGCUAGGAUCCUAGCAUGGUACCCCCUCGGACACGUGUUUAUAGAGUUCAGCGGGAUAUUCCUAUGCCUCUAGUUACUUCUGGGGUUGAGAAAGGAAAUCUUGGGGAGCUAGCCUUAGCUCGGAUGGAUGACUUGGGCUUGAAAUGUCGAGA